AUACCUUCUUCAGAGGGGGGGAUGUAACCGCCAUGUUUACCCCAAACGCCCAGUACUGUAGGAUGAUGUGUACCUUCCACCCUAGAUGUUUGCUAUUUAGUUUUCUUCCUGCAAAUUCAACUAAUGACACAGACAAAAGCUUGCCACCAAGACAUUCAUGAAGGAAUUGAUAUGAGAGGAGUCAAUUUUAAUGUAUCUAGGGUUAAAAGUGCUGAAGAAUGCCAGGACAGAUGCACCCAUCACAUUCGCUGCCAGUUUUUCACAUACGCUACACAAACAUUUCACAAUGCGGAGUACCGGAACAAGUGCCUAUUAAAGUACAGUCUGCAAGGAACACCCACCAGUAUAAAGGUGGUGGCUGACGUGGCAUCUGGAUUCUCUCUGGGGCCUUGUGCACACUCAAAUCUUGGUUGCCACAGGGACAUUUUCCAACAUCUCGCCUUUUCCGACGUGGACGUUGCCAGAGUCAUCACUCCAGAUGCAUUUGUGUGUCGAACCAUUUGCACCUAUCGCCCCGACUGCCUCUUCUUUACUUUCUACACAAAUGCACGGAGCCCCGAGUCACAGCGAAAUGUUUGUGUCCUUAAGACCUCCCAAAGCGGGACACCGAGUACCCCCACUCCUCAGGAAAACGCCGUAUCUGGACAUAGCCUCUUAACGUGCAAACAAACUUUGCCUGAGCCCUGCCACUCCAAAGUUUACUCAGGAGUUGCUUUUGAAGGGGAAGAAUUGAAUGUGACCUUCGUUAAAGGAGUGAAUGCUUGCCAGGAGACUUGUACGAAGAUGAUCCGCUGUCAGUUCUUUACUUAUUCUUUACUCCCAGAAGACUGUAGAGGAGACAAGUGUAAGUGCUCCUUAAGAUUAUCUCUGGAUGGUGCCCCAACUAGGAUUACUUAUGGGACACAAGCGAGCUCUGGUUAUUCUUUGAGGUUGUGUAAAGGUCAGGACGACUCUGUCUGCCCCAAAUCAGACACACGCAUCGUUGGAGGAACCCACUCCUCCUUGAGAGAGUGGCCUUGGCAGGUCAGCCUGCAAGUGAAGCUCAAGGAGCAGAGCCACGUGUGCGGAGGGGCCAUCAUUAGACGCCGGUGGGUCCUAACUGCUGCCCACUGCUUUGACGGGCUUCCCACGUUGGAUGUUUGGCGCGUUUAUGGUGGCAUUUUAAAUCUGUCAGAGAUAACAAAUGAAACACAUUUCUCACAAAUAAGAGAGAUUAUUAUUCACCAAAAUUACAAGCUCUCAGGAACUGGUCAUGAUAUUGCCUUACUAAAACUUGAGCAUCCUUUGAAUUAUACUGAAUUCCAAAAAGCAAUAUGCCUACCUUCUAAAGAUGAUACAAAUAGAAUUUAUAAUGACUGUUGGGUAACUGGAUGGGGCUUCACAGAGGAAAACGGUACAAUCCAAAAUACCCUACAGAAGGCAAAUAUUCCUUUGGUAACAAAUGAAGAAUGCCAGAGAAGUUAUAGAGAUUAUGAAAUAACCAAACAGAUGAUCUGUGCUGGCUAUAAAGAAGGAGGAAAAGAUGCCUGUAAGGGAGAUUCAGGCGGUCCCUUCGUGUGUAAACACAACAAAAUGUGGCAUUUGGUGGGCAUCACCAGUUGGGGGGAAGGCUGUGCCCGCAGGGAACAACCAGGCGUCUACACCAAAGUUGCUGAGUACGUGGACUGGAUUUUAGAGAAAAUACGGGAUGGUGAUGACUGACGGAGUCGCCAGUGUGAGGAGGCUUUAGAGGGGUGGGGAAGAGCCAGUUUGUAGUAUUAACUUUUGUAACCUGGUUCAAUUCAAACACUGAGCCUGGGGGUCCUCAUCUGCAAAGACUUGGAGAGCAGUGCUACCUCGUGUCCUUGUCGUGAGGUUAAAGACACUGCAUGCAAAGCUGCUGGGGGCAGGGACUUGCAGAGGCAGGCUUCCAGCACUCAGUAACCACACUCAUAAUGGGAGACAGCCAAUGAACAUCUCCACGAUUGUUUAUUGUGAAAUAAAAUGGCAAAAGAGUAUGAUUAAAAAGUGUUUUCUUCUGAUUGUGAAAUAGAAUGGGUGAGGAGGGACUCCGAACUAGCACAGUGCCUGGGAGCAUUCUAGUCUUCCAGCUUCCUCGGGAACUCAAUACAUAUUAUCUCCGAGGUAAUCAUUUCUUGCCUGUGCCUCCCCUGCAGGGUCAUUAAAUCCUCCUACAGCCUUUGUCAUUUGGGGUGAAGAGCCAUGUAGGCUUGGGUUUUGUUCUGCCAAGUGGAAGGGUAACCUGUGUAACACUCAGUUU